GUCGGGUGUUCACUGGCCUUGGACAUCUGGAGGAGAUAUAACACUCGAAAUUGAUUCCCCACAUACCAUUCCCUCCGGUGCCUGCCCUUCCUUCUGCCCAGAUCAGAAGCACGAUGUUCUAUGUUCUCGCUGUGACAACUCCGCUUCUGCUGCUUGCAGGAGUCACUGCUUAUGUUCUCUCUACCUUCAUUUCACUUUUACUUCGGCAGGGAUUAUCCCCAUUGCGCGACCUUCGAGGACCCGCCUCCCCUUCCUUCUUCACGGGCAACCUGCGCGAAAUGCACGACCAAGAAAAUAAUGAUCUAAUCGCACGUUGGGAAGAACAAUAUGGCAGCACCUUCGUGUAUCGUGGCUUCAUGGGCGGACGCAGACUAAUGACCACAGAUCCCCUUGCUGUUGGACACAUCAUGGGCAGGGGUUAUGAUUAUCCAAAACCAGACUUUGUCAGAGACAAUCUGGCCAGUAUGGCUGUCGGGAAGGAGGGCUUAUUAACGGUAGAAGGCGAAGACCAUCGCAGACAGCGACGAAUUCUUACGCAAGCCUUCACCUCUUCACACAUCAAAACCUUGAGCCCCGUGUUCUGGGCGAAGGCUGUUGAGCUGCGGGGCGUAUUGCUGGACAGCUCAUUCUCCUCUUCCCGGAACGCCGCUCCUGCAGAUCCUUUUGCAGCAGGUUUGUCAUCAAGAGAAAAUGACGUGCAAGGCCUCCGAAGCACGUCUUCCGUAACCAGCUCCUUCCUUCUGAACCCUUUCUCUUCCUUUCUGCCGUCCAAGUCCAUUGCUCGGCACAAAAAGAAAGCCGUGUCCUUGGCCGCAACAGAUCCAGCACCAUACCCCAGACCUCCGCAUUCGGAAGGAUCGUCCUCAUUGCCUGGUCUCCCAGAGGUCGACGUCCUCGCGUGGCUCUCGCGCGCAACCCUGGAUGUCAUAGGCGAGGCAGGCUUUGGGUAUCAUUUCAACUCUGUCGCAACCGCAGCUAGAGGGACCAGAGACGAGAGCGAGCUCGCCAGAGCUUUCGGGAUUAUCUUCGAUUCUGCACGAAAGUUCAGGACGUUGACGAUUUUGCAAGCAUGGUUCCCUGUUCUGUCCAAAUUCCGCAGGAACAGUGCCGUCGAGAGGGAAGCGCGAAAUGUCAUGCACAGCAUAGGCCGCUCCCUCAUCUCAGAGCGUCAAGCAGCCAUCCUGGCAGAGCAAGCUGGAGAACCGCGUAGCGAUUCCCAGUCGAUUAAAAUAGAAGACGAUGGAAGAGAUCUGCUCACAGUCCUAAUCCGGUCCAAUAUGUCAUCUGUCCCAGCCCAACGACUCACACCUACAGAGACCCUAUGCCAAAUAUCCACUUUCCUGUCCGCAGGCCAUGAAACCAUCUCCUGUGCAUUGGCAUGGGCCCUAUACGCCCUUGCGCGCGCUCCGAGCGUUCAAGGGAAAUUGCGGGAUGAAUUGCGUGCUAUUCCCUUCGACCUAGAGUACUUCAAUCCGUCCUCUACACUACCUCGUAGUCUCUUUGACGACAUUCUAAACCAACCCUACCUGGAUUACGUCGUACGCGAGUCGCUGCGUCUGCACGCGCCGGUCACGGCUACAAUGCGCGUAGCGGGUAUAGACGAUAUGGUUCCGGUAUCGCGACCGUUCGUCGACCGCCACGGCCGGGAAUGCACGGUCAUACGCAUAAAGAAAGGGGACAUUAUUACAAUUCCCUUUCAAGCAAUGAACAAGGACAGAGAUGUUUGGGGAGAAGACGCGUACGAGUUCCGUCCCGAACGCUGGGAGAGUCUGUCCACGGAUGAGAAUGGAGAAUGUGAAGAUGAGCCAAAGCAGAAUAGAGCGCAGAGGAGAGCAAGAGGCCCCGGACUCUGGGGAGGUAUGAUGACUUUCGGAAACAGUAACCCCACCAAUGGGAACAGAGCGUGUAUCGGCUACCGCUUUGCAAUCAACGAGAUGAAAAUAUUCUUGUUCGCCCUAAUUCACGAUAUCGAGUUUUCGCUCGACCCAUCCAUUGAGAUUGAAAAGAAAAUCAACGUUGUUACUCGGCCCUCCGUCAAGUCGGAGCCAGACAUGGGGAACCAGAUGCCAUUGCGGAUACGCAGAGUCCCUGAACAUGAAGAGUUCAUACAUACUGCAGCGUGAUCAAUCUAACCAGCGAUACGUCUCGCUGGCAAUACGCGUAGCCUUACGGCU